AUCAUUGAAGACUUUACAAUUAUUUCUCUCAUUUUUUAUUACGUAAUUCAUAUUCUUUUUAAAUUUUAGAUGUUUAGGUGUAAAUUAGAAUUUUAAUCUCCAAGCCGAUAAAUAUUUUCUUAUGACCGGUAUGACGGUUCCAGUUUGUUCGAUGAACAGUACAGGUGAUAUUUAUCUAUUAAAUCAGGAUUUGAUUAAUGCAGCAAAUACUGCUAUAUAUUUAAAUACUCAAUUAAAUUCAAUGUAUUAUACAACAUUAAACAUGACAGAAUUAAAUGAUUUUCAAUCAAAUAAUUUACCAUUAUUGGAACAAUACAUUAAUGUACAUGGUACUACACAUAUGUCUUAUUGUUCACGUGUAACAAGUUUUAAAUCCAAUUUUUAUUUACGUAAUAUUUUACAAACUUAUGUACAACCAUUUGUAAUAUUCUUUACAAUUAUAACAAAUUGUUUAAUAUCAAUUGUAUUAAAUUAUCCAACAAUGCGUAAUUCAACCAAUAUUAUAUUAUUAGGUAUAGCUAUGUGUGAUUUAUUAACUGUAUUAUUACCAUUACCUGUAUAUUUAUGCUUUUUAACAAGUAAUAUAUUUUCAGAAAAUUUAACAAUAUUUAAAGGAUAUAGUGUAACUUAUUUAACUACAAUAUUACCAACUGUAUGUCAUACAUCAUCUAUAUGGUUAACUGUAUUAUUAGCAUUACAACGAUUUAUUUAUGUACAAUUUCCAUUAAAAGCAAAUCAAAUUUGUUUAUGUCAAUGGAGAUCAGUUCAAUUAUUAAUUAUUUUAACUGUAUUAGCUGGUUUAUUAUUACAAUUACCGCAUAUGAUUGUAAUGCAUUUUAUUAAUGCAUUAGAAUAUUGUUUUUUAUCAUCGACAUCCUCAUCUUCACCACGACUACCACCAUCAUCAUCCUUACUACCACCAUCAUCAUCAUCAUCAUCAUCAUCAUCAUCAUCAUCCUCACCACCAUCAUUAUCAAUAUCAAAUUAUUUAUUUGAUUCACAAUUUAUUUCAUAUUUAUUUAAUACUACUGAUAAAAUAAAUCAUUAUAAUUAUAUAAGAUUUCAUAAAAUUAAUUUAAUGAAAUGUACACCAAUGAGUCAAACAAUAUUUUUUACAUUAUUAUUAAUACGUGUAUUAAUUGUUAAUUUAAUACCAUGUAUUAUGUUAACUAUAUUAACUGGUUUAUUAAUUAUGGCAUUAAGACGUUUUAUACAAAAUAGACAAAAAUUAUUAAAAAUCAAUAAUCAUAAUAAUAAUGAUAAUAAUAAUAAUAAAUCAAUAACAUUUUAUAAAAAUAAUAUAAAUUCAUAUAUAAUCCAUAAAAAAUAUAAUGAAAUGAAUCAAUUAGAAAAAUCUGAUCAAUCUAAUCAAAAUGAAAUCAAUUUAUUAAAUAAUCAAUUAAAAUCAAUAAAAAAUAAUAAAAAUUUUAAAAAAAAUCAUUACGUCAUAAUUUAACUGAUACUGAUUCUACAUCAAAAAUGAUGCUUGUUAUAUUGGGAAUAUUUUUAUUUACAGAAAUACCAACAACAAUAUGUUUAUGUAUUUAUGCAUUUAUAACAUUAUUAGAUAUUUAUCCACCAUCAGCAUUUUAUCAAAUUGUUGAAAUCUGUAAUUUUCUGGUGAUAUUAUCUUAUCCAGCAAAUUUUUUUGUAUAUUUGGCUAUGUCAAGACAAUUUAAAAAUACCUUCUGGAAAAUAUUCUAUCAAUUACGUCGUAAUAGUAAUCAUAAUAAUCGUACUACUAUUGAACAAUGAAAUUAUAAAUUUCAAUGUCAGUUCAUUUGAAUAUGGGACUCAUUAUUGUUCAUUUUAAAUUGAAUAAAAAGAUGUUUUUGCUUUGUAUUUGUUUUCUUGCCAUUAUUAACAGUAAAUGAAUAAAACAUUUUUACAUAAUCUUGUUUAUCUUCUCAUCAGAACAUAAUAUUUAAUAUAUAGUUCAAAUGAAUUAUUAUUAACUUUCCUCCUAAUUUCAUUUGUAUACAUUGAAUAAAGCUAUUUGUAUUGACUUGUUUUGAUUUAUAAUAUUAUGACAAAUUGAAUUGUAUAAUACCAAUUGUUUACUUCAAUAGGCUAUAUAAGAUAAUUAACAGAUUUGUGUUUGGCUAUAGAUACUAGUGUGGUGUGUGAUACUGAUAGUAAUAUGUAUGAUUAAUCAAAAGUGAAAUGCCUAGAGGUAGAAGGUUAAAAAGAUUAAAGAAAAGAGAACGAGAACAAAGAAUGAUUGGUGUAGAAAUGAGAGAACAAUAAAGUUUGAGACGAUUGAUUGAUAUUUUGCAAAUGAAGUAUUUACUG